AUGAUAUCUGUUUCGAAUCAUGAAUUUGUUGACCUUCGUCAUCAACAGCCGCAAUGCAAGACACAUUUUGUUUUCACCGAUAUAGAAAUAGCAGACCUCGAUAUUCCAGAAAUAAGUUCAGCAAAGUACCAAUUGAAAAAUGGAAAUGCUAUUGGCGCUUAUAAAAAGGAUAGCAGUAGUUCAUCAAUAGCUUCAAUUUCAAGGAAAAAUAAAGGAAGGAAAAUUGUAGCUGUUGUUAUUAUUUUGUUAGCAAUUGUUCUCUUCGGAGCAGGAAUCCCAAUCGGACUACAACUUCGGAGCUCUUCAUUAUUAGAAGCGAGAUUGUCGUUUAUUAAACGUCUUUUAACCGAAUAUCCUUUAAUUGGUGGAUCACUCAACUCACUUUCUGAAUCAAAUUUCUCGCAAAAUUAUUUCCAAAUAAGAGAAAGCAUGGUCGGGGCUAUUUUAUGGCCUGUGAGGGUUCCAUGUCAAGCACAAUAUCUUGAUGCAGUUCAGUUGGCACUUGAAGGCAUUGAUGAAGCAAAACGUAUUGUUGACAGAACUAGCGGUUUUCGAAUUGUAUCGACAGCUGACGAAAUGGAACAAGCUCAUAAUGAAGGAAAAAUUGGUGUUCUCUUAGGACUUGAAGGAGGUCACAGUCUUGGAUCGAGCGUUGCUGUUUUGAGAAUGUUUUUCUCUCUUGGAGCAAGAUUUAUAUCAUUAACCAGCUUUGAAUGCUCAAAUUCAUGGAUUGCAGCGCAUAUAACAAGAGAACAACUUUUCGAAGAAAGCACUCCAACUUCAAUGACAGAGUUUGGAAAAAUCGUUCUCAAGGAGAUAAAUCGCUUAGGAAUGAUAGUCGAGAUUUCCCAUCUGAGUGAACCAAGUAUGAUGCAAGUACUUAAUUCGGCCAAAGCACCGUUGCUCGUUAGCAAUGCCUCGCCUGCGGCAUCUUCGUCUGCUAAUAUCACGAACAUUAUCCCGGAUCAUGUACUAAGUGCAUUGAGUAGCAAUGGUGGUGUUUUGAGCAUUUGCAUUGACAAAUUGUCAGUAAAGGAAGCGAUUCAUAACAUAAAUUAUGUUAGGGCACUUGCUGGAUUGGAUCAUGUUGGAUUAGGACCGACGGCGUCUCCAAAGAAGUAUGCGCUUCUACUAGCUGAACUUGCUCGAGACAGAUUAUGGAACAAUGCAUCCCUAAAAAAACUUGUUGGUGGUAAUAUCGUUCGAGUGCUACGUGAGGUUGAAAUGAAUCGAAAUAAAGAAGCUCUGAGCGAAGAUUGGAUACCACAAGAGGAAAUAGAGGCUAAUGCUUAUUGUAGAUAUCCCGAACCUUGAAUUUAGUGAAUUUGUGAUGCUUGGGAAAGUAAGAAGUUGGAAUUUUUUAACUUCCAAAUGCGAGGUUUUAUUAUUAUCCACAGGAAAAAUUUUCUCCUCCUUCAAAAGUUUUCCUUCCCCCUUUCCUUCCUUCCUUCCUUCCGACGUCUUAAUCAUUGGGAAAUCGUCCAUAAUCGACGGAGUAAAAAAAAUCCUUUUUCAGUUAUUGAAUUUUUUUGGCAACAUAAAAUAUUUUGCAACAAGGAAUACGAAUUGAAAAAAAUAAGAAAAUAAAUCACGAGUUUUGAAAAUAAGAGGAAAAUAUUUAUAAACAACAAAUUUGUUUCCACUACACUUAAGAAGAUGAAAGAGGAAAAAUAAAAAGAAAAGAAAUAAAAUAAAA